AUGGAAUACUUCGAGCUAAUGAGGGUGUGUACAGUCGGAGGUAAUGCUGUCUCUGCCUUUCUAUCCUGGAGGCUUCAGGCCACCAAUGCCUGCGAUGUAACGCUUGUUUGGAAGUCAGGCUUCGAGAGCGUUCACCAAUAUGGCAUUUCUUUCAAGUCUGGGUCAUUUGGCAAUGAGCGAUUCAAGCCUCGGCAUGCUUACGAUACGUUAUUACCAGUUGUUCGAACACCAGAAGAAGCGGCGCACAACAAAGAGGGUGCAUUUGACUAUGUCAUUCUCUGCAUCAAAGCCCUCCCCGACGUCUACGACCUUGCCUCGGUAAUCGAUGCCGUCGUUACUCCGCAGCACACCUGCAUUCUUGUUAACACCACAUAUACUCUCGGUGUCGAGAGCGCCAUCGAGGAGAGAUUUCCGACAAACGUUGUCCUGUCACUCGUUUCGAAUGCCGAAAUCACGCAACAGGGCGCAAGCGAGUUCGAACACACUGGCUCAACGGAGGUCUGGGUUGGUCCCGCGAACAAGAAUAGCAACAUCCCGCCAGCGAUACAGGAAGACAUGGCUCAGGCUCUUGCUAUGACGUUGAGCACCGGCCGCGUCGACUGCAAAGUAUCUAUGAACAUCCGCCAACAACAAUUCGAACGAGUCAUUGGACCAAUUGCUUUCCACCCUGCCAGCGUCAUCUUUGAAACCCCUGCCCAUGCGGCUCUCCUAGAAAAGACUGGUGUGCGACAACUGGUGUCAGAGGUUAUUAAUGAACUAAUCACUCUCGCGACGGCGCAAGGCUGUACGCUAAGUGCCGAUUUCAAGGAGAACACGAUCAAGGAACAGUGUCAACCCACGGAAACCACGAGCAUAAUGUGGCAGGACUACGUUGCGCGACGUCCAAUGGAGGUGGAAACUUUCCUCGGAUCGCCUAUCAAGUUGGCACAGAAUUCAGGGAUCAGGUUGCCACGAGUGGAGACACUUUACGCCGUUUUGCACAAUCUCAAUGUAGUUAAUCAGUCGAGGCCAAAGGAGAUUAAUGGCCUCCCACCGGCUCCUGGCUCGCCAAGCAUGGCACCGCCCAUGCCUCGCAUGUCGUCGCAGCCACCGCCUCGUCCCCUGAUGAAUGGGAUGGCGAAUGGAAAUGGCAUGCCCAGACCUCGACCGAGGAACUCGUCGAACUUCUCCGGACCUCCUCCGGGUAUGAGACGCCCUCCUCCUCCUAUGAACGGCAAUGGUGGACCACCAAACGGGUACCGACCCUCGAUGAACGGCCCACCCAAUGGGUACCACCCAUCAAAGGUCCCCACAAGGCGUGGCUCAUUCGAGGAAACCGAUCUUGGGGAGUUCAGUCACCUUGUGGUCUACGACGAUACGGAGGGUGGUGGAGAUGGCGCAUAUCCUGCGGAUAUACCCGACCUGGCAUUAAGAGAAAAAGAAAUACAAUUGCGUCGGCGAGAGUUGGCAUUGAGAGAGCAGGAAAUGCGUAUGCGGCGAGGCGGUCCGCCUGGUGGGCCUCCGAUGGGGCCUCCGAUGGGACCUCCGAUGGGACCUCCGAUGGGACCUCCGGCUGGGCCUGGACCACGAAGACGCGGCCCCCCAAUGCGAGGCGGAGGUGACAUACACGAUGACGAAGACGAAGAGGACGAUUAUUUCGACCCGAAUUCGAGCCCGAUCACCCCGAUGGUUGAUCCCGACAACUUUGACAUGAUGAGUGUCACUUCGAGGAAGAAUCGCAGCAAGCCGGCACAGAAUCGCAGUGAUUUCCGGACUAACCCUGAAGGCCCCGGAGGAGGCAUGGCCCCCCGAGGCGGCAGAUGGCGGCCGGGGUUUGGAAGAAAUCGUUCUAGUCAGAUCAUGACAGCCGCACCGGGCCUUCACGACGAUAUCCUCGACGAUCCGCUAAUGAACUACUCCUCCAACCGGUAUGGCAACGUCGAUCGCGGACACAUGCAGGCCGGGUCGAGAGCAAAUUCUUUGACGGCUUCCCACCUGCAAGAAUUACAGAACGGCCCCGGUAUGAUGAAUGGAGCGUACCCCAGACGUGCUAGUCAAUCGCCCGGGUACAGUCCCUCGAUUCGAGGGGGCAAUGGACGGCCUUCACCCCUAAACGGGGCCGGCGGGCCCAUGCCCAACGGGCGUCGUCCAUCACCUUCGGACGGGGUGAAACAACCCAUCCCUCGGCAUCCUCCCGGUCAUGGAAACACGGUGGCGCCACAGCAAGUUGAGCAACGUGUCGGGGUGAGCACUCUCCAACCACCACAUGCCAAGACCGUGCGAAGUCUGACCGGAAGUGCGAGCGCCAGCGCGGGGAGUGGUGACUCGACACACAUAGAUUCCGAACCCUCGGCGCACAGCAGCUCGAGCAGUCUAGGUCCUCGCCCUCCUAUAGGUGUCCGUUAG